AUGUCUUUUUACGCCGCGCCUAACCAGCAGCGCACGCUGCGUGCCUGUAUGGUCUGCUCUGUCGUCCAAAUCCACAAUAAAUUCAUGCGUGAAGGCUGUCCGAACUGCGAAAAUACCCUCCAGCUCCGCGGAAACAAUGACGCCAUUCAAGAAUGCACGUCGCAGGUCUUUGAAGGUCUGAUCGCUGUCCGGGAUCCAGCUGCUAGCUGGGUCGCUCGCUGGCAACGGUUGGAUAACUAUGUGCCGGGCACAUAUGCGACCAAGGUCACAGGCUCGCUCCCCGAAUACAUCAUCAGCAGUCUCGAGGACUCCGGAAUCAAAUACGUCCCGCGAGAUGGAAGCACCGGUGAGGAAGAUGCUUGA